AUGGUGGGACUAGCUCAACCAAUGCCUAAGAAGGUGUCAAGGAGCCAGCUCGACCCACAGCUCGAUCGAGCUAGAAACCAGGGCAACUCGACCAAGGACCAAUCUAAGAUGUUGAGAGGUGAAGGAAGCAAGCUAGCGUUCACAAGGAUGGAGAUGAUAAGAGGAGCAAGGAGGAUACUCAAAACACAAACCAAGGAGGACAUAGAAGAGGUUGAGAGGGUGAGGGAGGAAAGGAGAACCAAAAGAAGGAAUGAUCCUCUCAGCAGUGAGAGCGAAGCAGGAGAGUUUGAAAUUGGGGUGAACAUCCCACAUGAGGAGAAUGAUGACUCCCAAGUGAAGAAGAGGGUGAAGAGAUCAAUCAAGAGAUUGAGGAGAGUGAGCAUGAGGGCAAUGAGAAUGUGCCCAUGGAAGAGGAGGAGUCAAGAAGAAGAGGAUGAGCUCCCCAUAUGUGGAGUUGGUCCUCAAGAACAUGCACUUGGCCAAGCUCUUCUCUACCACAUGGAAUCCUACAAGGAGCUCACUUGCGAGUUCCUAGCUUCAAUGAGGUACCACAUGUAUGAGGAAGAAGAUAGAGCUGAUUUGGACCAAGGAUUGGGAUGGAUCACGUUCUUGGCUAAGGGAGAGAAGAGAAUGGUGACCUUUAGGCAGCUGGAGAUCUUGUUUGGGUUCAACUAUGGAGAGGGAACCAAGUGGAACUUCAAGGAAAAGGAACUCCAAAGGGUUUGGGCUACAAUCGCUGAUGGAGUGUACUCUUCCUCAAGGUCAAGGCAGCUCAGAUCAGGAGCCCAGUCUUGA